CAUACCCCACGGGGCACUGUGUAAGUAGUCUCUUGGAUUUCGUCUGUACAGAUUUUCAACUGGUCGUCGAGGCGGUGGACUACGUUGCGGACAAGCACCCUAUUGUCCUGUGUCAAAGACAUAAUACAUAAUAGUCCUUUUUUACUUCAAUCCUUUGUCGAUAUCACCAGAUGACAUGUGAAUGUGGACACAGCCUAGAAAGCCUCUCGCAAGAAUGUCGUUAUCUGACUUGGCUUGUCAAUCAUGUCGCAAGCGUAAGGUCAAGUGCGACCGGGCAUUGCCGCGGUGUAUGGUCUGUGAUCAAACAGGCCAGACAUGCAAUUAUCCGCUUCGGUCAAUGAAACCCGGGCCUAAAAUCGGGUCCUCGCAGAAGAAGAGAAAACGCCUACGACAGAAUGAGACAGCCCAGAAACGACAGAUUAACUCGCAUUCUAGACCGCCACCUGGUCCUGACAAUGGCCGACGGGAUAGUUAUUUCGAUGCAUUGAACGAUCAGCCGGAGAAAGAAGAGUUGGCCCUCGCCGUCCCCGCCGAUCUUACUGAGACCACUGGGAUUGAGGCGCGGGGAAGCUCGCAACACCGAACCUCUCAGUUGAAUACGCUUGAUCUCGCUUUCAUUUUACAUCCAUCACACGAGGUCACAACUCCCUCCCAAAAGCAGAGCCCGAGCUCUCAGGACGGUCAGCAGACAGAUCUCUGCCGUCAAGCCUGCACAGAGCUAGGCGUCUCGCAAGCUUUCAUGAAUAAAAUCAUUCGAGUUUUUUUCGACAACAUGGUCGCUAUCAAUAUCUUUCAUGAGCCUUCGUUUGUAGAAAAGCUUUCGAAUAUCUCUUCGUUUUCUCAAUUGACUGCCCUUCUGGCAGCCAUAGCUGGUUAUGCCUCACGUUUUGGUGCGCUAAGAACCAACGACGUAGCUAGCGACGCAGUGCAGCUCGUAGCAAAAAGUCACCGACAGCCUGCAUACUUCAUUGACCUUGCUUUCAAGUACAUAAACGAGGCGCUCGCGGAGUGUGGCGAUGAGAUGCCGCCACUUUGCGUUAUACAGGCUCUCAUUAUUGCAACGCAUUGUCGACUGACCCAGGGAGUCCGCGGAAAGGCGUGGAGAUCUCUGGGAUUGUGUGUCAGUUUGAUAUACGAAACAAACCUGCAUCUUCUUGAUUCUAGGAAAGUUAUAAAAAUGGAGGAUCCCCACCACUGGCAAGAAGAUGAAGAAAAGCGUCGUGCAUUUUGGGCCAUCUGGGAAAUGGAUGUUUUUGCCAGUACUAUCCGUCGGACGCCAACUACCAUUAACUGGAACCAGAUGGAAAUAUUGCUUCCAGUUGACAACGCUCACUGGUUCUCAGGCCACCCUACUUCAAGCUGCUUUAUGGAGACGGACAUAAACAAACGUUGGAAGGCGUUGCAGGACAGUGGUAAUCAGUCAUCGAAAGCGUGGUUCCUCGUUAUCAAUUCUCUGAUGAAGAACGCCCAGGUCACCUGUGACCCACAAGGAGUGUCUGCCAUAGGUAAUCAGGGCUAUCACCAGCAAAUGCCAAAUAGCCAGACUUCAACCCUCGAAUCGGCCAUGGAGGCUCGUCAAAAAUUGGAGACAUUGACAAACGCCGUACGCUGCUUUACUUUGGCUUUGCCCAGCCAUCUCCAGUAUCGCGAUCAAUAUCUGGCCUUUGGGGCGCCGGUACAAGGGGAGUUAGAAUCUCAACGACAGCAGCACUGCUCUAUCUACAAUAUCUUCGUCAUGACCCAAUUAGCUCGUUUGAUGAUCUACAGAUAUGACGCAUUCAGAUCUCAAAAUCGUCCAACUGAAACCAGUGGCCGUCAUCUUUCCGGAAAUUCGGCUGGUCGAAGUACUUUUAGUCUGCUCGAUACAGAAAAUGGAGCGCUUCGACAGUAUUACGAGGCAGCAGAUCGUAUUCUAGGAAUAGUGAACCGGAGUUGCGAGGAUCAUGUUCAGCAUAUUAAUCCAUUUCUACCUAGCACCAUCUGGCUUGCCUCGGCGGUGCAACUGGUCCGCAAACAUUUUGCUCAAGCACAGUCCAAUCGAGAUCUAGUAAAGUCGCGCUUCGACGUUCUUUAUCUGACCUACAAGCGAUGCGUUCAAUUUUGGGAUAUUCAAACCGCUCUCCAGAAGAACCUAGAGUUGAUCGAGGAGCAACUGGAAGCCAGGAACAAGAAACCGGCAGUUCAAGCUUGUCCAUCCUCUCAAGAAGCGUCAAAGCGGGCAUCGGAAGACACCGAUAGAAUCAACCAGCCUGCCUCGGACCAAGAAGGUCACAACGUAGAGCGCAGCCUGAAUUUUGACUGGACAGCCCGACAAGUCUCUCAAUACCUACCCGAAACACCCAGUGUCCCACUCACCAGUUCAGCCCCGAUUGAUGCCAGAUUAGACAUUACAUCCCAAAACCAUGCGCGAAAGCACCCAUUCGUAGCAGAUAACAUGGCAAUGCUCGACUAUAUGACUCCUCCACAACCGAGUAGGAACCAGGUUCCAGAGGGCUACAUGGUGCCCCCGAACUCUCAUUUCCUUGAUACAGUAUAUCAGCUCGAUCAGGCCUUUGAUUGGCCCACUUUUGAUUUUCCUGGUGGAAUAUAUGAUUUACUUUCAGGGUGAACUACGUCCCCUUGCACUCUUACCAUUGUUGGAUGGAUUUAUCCUCCCACUAUUUUUUCCACAAUUGGCCACUCCAUCCCUCCUGACAAAGCAGCAGGGCCUGGCCAGCUUGUGAUGCGGUAUUGCAACCCUCUGCUUCUUCUCCGACAUCCAUAUAUUGCUUUUGCUAGAGACUUAGCCCUCUGUAAUCUACCUGGGUACCCUAUGGGUCCUGGGCGUAGCACGAAUUUAUCGUCUAUGGAUUUUCUGUAGACCCCGCUCCACUUAAGGCUUGUAAUGUUUCAAAUACCGCCUAGGUGCGAAUUGGAAU